UCCCCCCUUCUGCACUUUAUCAGGAGAGAAGAGAAAUAAAACCUGAAAGUGAGCACUCACAAAACUGGGAAACCAAAAGCACAUCCAAGUUUCAACUCAAAACAGCGACAUUACUUCAUUAAAGAAGAAAACAACGAAAGAAAUCCCAAAUUCUCUUUCAACUACUUCUUUGAUUCUGUCUAUUCUUUUGUUGUUUCUUUCGGCAGUGUAAAAGAAUGGAGCAAAUUUUAGCUAUCUUCAAGCUUGAAGCUUGUGGAAUCAUCUAGGAACCACACCAACACCAACAACAAAAAAGCUCUACUCAUUUUUUGCUUUGUUCUUUUCUAGUUUUUCUUAAACAUAAACAAAAGGUUGAUGGGGAGGGGUUGCAGGAGGAUGAUAGCAGGGAAUUUGGAUCCAGAAAGAAAAAGAAGUGGUGGGUUGAGAACCAAGCAAGCUGGGCGAGGCUCUUGCAGAGGAAGUUAGCUUUAUUUUCUUUCUUUUUUUAUGAAUGUGAGAUAUUAUAAAGACUGAAUCUUCACUCGUUUUUUGUUGGUUGCAUUGCCUGCAAUAUCUGUAUAUUUUGAGAAGUAAGAAAAAAAAAUAUGAGUGGUUUGUUGAAAGAAGCUUUGAAGUCGCUCUGUGGGGUGACUCAGUGGUCUUAUGCUGUCUUUUGGAAAAUCGGCUGCCGGAAUACUAAGUUACUAAUUUGGGAGGAAUAUUAUUAUGAAUCUACACUGUCAGGACUUCAGAACCCUGAAUUGCGAGAGUGGGGCGAAUGCUGUGGUUCAGACACUUCCUCUCAGCUUGGUUGCCAACCAUGGGACAAAGUUGGUUUGCUGAUUAGCAAAAUGAUGAAUAAUCGCAUUGUUAUAGUCGGCCAAGGGUUAGUCGGCCGAGCUGCAUUUACCGGCAAUCAUCAGUGGAUUCUUGCAAACAGUUACAUGACAGAUUCUCAACCCCCAGAGGUUCUAAAUGAGUUGCAUCUCCAGUUUUCUGCCGGCAUGCAGACCGUUGCAGUUAUUCCUGUUUUUCCUCAUGGUGUUCUUCAGCUUGGGUCUUCCACAACUAUUAUCGAGAAUAUGGGAUUUGUGAACGACAUAAAGAGCUUAAUUCUGUGUUUCGGAUGCAUCCCUGGAUCUCUUUUCUCCGACAGUUGUGGAACAAGUGAAUGUGUUGAGAAUAAUGGGAUCCCUAUUUCUUUGGAAAAGCCCGUUUCAAUGGAUUCAGCUGGAAUUUAUUGGUCAACGAAUUCCUCGAUUUUAGUUACUGAAGGCUGCAACCGACAGAGCAAUUCAUCUCAGGCUUCGGGGAUUGUUGGUGAAUCAUCCUUCCCCACAAAACAGAUUCAAGAAAACCAGACUUUGUGGCUGAACCCUCAUGUUUCUUUUUGCAACUCGCAGUCCGAGUUCAAUUGUCAGCCUGUAAUUGGUCAAUCAGCUGCCAGUUAUAGCAACUUAAAAUCAAUGGAGAAACUGAUUGUGUCGGAUACUGGUCUGCAAAAUCAUGUUACCAACAGCACUAGUACAUCAAAUAGUCAAAAUAAACCAAAACCAAUCCCGGACAUUGUCCCAAGCUUGGAGAAAGUAGAAGAUGUUACUUUAUCCAUCCCGGCCAAUCAAUUAUCUAGCAUUGCCAUGUUUUCAGGAGUUUCUAAUCAGGGGCAUGAUUCUGAGGAUUCUAAGUGUAGUCGAGCUGAUGUGGUUUCGAACAAAGAAAGUAAGGAUAAUGGUUUGUUUCAAGCACCUAAUAUUUCAUUGCUUCCCUUUGAUGAUGGCUUAACUUUUAGCGAGCAACUCCCAAUUAAAAGUUUCAGUACAAGAUCACCGAAUUCUAAGUACGAAGAUGCAUGUAUCAAGCCGCCAUCAGGGGAUGACUUGUUUGAUGUGUUGGGGGCUGAUUUAAAGAGUAAACUACUCGAUGGGAAAUUGAAUAAUGCGCUUUCUCAGGGACCAGAUUCUAAGAUGCAAAAUUUAGAAAAGGAUACUUGGGUGUUUAGGGAUAUGCACAAUUUGUAUUCUGAUACUUUUACAGCUAACGAAGGGAUAACAGACCGGGGCACUCAUUCUUCGGUGGUUACGGAUCAUCUUUUGGAUGCUGUGGUUUCUAGUGCACAAUCCACUGCAAGGCAGAUAUUAGAUGAUGAUGAGUCGUGCAGGACAACAUUGACUAAUUUUAGUAACUCAGUGCAAUUCAGUUCUCCAACCUUUGGCCGGGUUAAUAUUUUCAAUCAAGUGGAAAGGGAGUUACAUGGCGGCCUUCCUAAGUCGUCGUUAAAAGGGGGAACUCCUCCAUCCGGUUCUUUUCGAUCUGGCUGUAGCAAGGAUGAUGCUGGGACUUGUUCUCAAACUACUUCUCUUUAUGGGUCUCAAAUCAGUUCAUUGGUUGAGCUGGGUCAUACUACAAGGCACAAUAGCAGUCUCUCGACCGCAUAUUCAAAGAGGAAUGAUGAAACAAGCAAACCGAAUCGCAAAAGGCUAAAACCUGGAGAAAACCCUAGACCGAGGCCCAAAGAUCGGCAGAUGAUACAAGAUCGAGUGAAAGAGUUGAGAGAAAUUGUACCGAAUGGAGCCAAAUGUAGCAUAGAUGCUUUGCUAGAAAAGACAAUCAAGCACAUGCUUUUCAUGCAAAGUGUAACAAAGCAUGCAGACAAGCUAAAACACAUGGGCGAGUCUAAGAUUAAGGAGAACUUCAAGGGAGGAACAACAUGGGCAUUUGAGGUCGGGUCACGAUCAAUGAUCUGCCCUAUUAUAGUUGAGGAUCUGAAUCCACCUCGUCAAAUGCUUGUGGAGAUGCUUUGUGAGGAACAGGGUUUCUUUCUGGAAAUAGCGGACUUAAUCCGGGGAAUGGGAUUGACCAUCUUGAAGGGAGUUAUGGAAACUAGGAAUGACAAGAUAUGGGCGCGUUUUGCGGUGGAGGCAAACAGGGAUGUUACGAGGGUGGAGAUAUUUAUGUCGCUUGUUCGCCUUUUGGAGCAAACGGUAAAGGGCAGUGCAUCAUUGGCCAAUGGUUUGGAUGGCAACAAUAUGAUGGUUCAGCAAUCAUUUCCCCAAGCUGCCUCUAUACCUGCAACCGGAACAGCCAGUAGCUUACAGUGAACCAGCUUAUUGGGUGGUUUUCGGGUUUAGAUAUGUUGAGAGCGAGCCCUAGCUUUGCUCGCCAUGACUAACAUACAGUUUGUAGAUUUCGGUGGUUCCAAGCUGACCCUUUUAAUGUUUCAUCUCCGGCUUGACCGACCACUGGGGGGGGGGGGGUAGAUUCAUUCAUGGAGUGAAAUUUUUCUUAAAACAACUUUUAUAUGACACUGUUUUUGAACAUGGAGGGUUUUCUUUAAAUGUUUUAUAACUUGCGACAGUACUGAAAUUCUUACUUUCUGCUAAUCUUAUGUAAUUUGCUGCAUUAUCCUUGCUGUUUAAUGGCAUUGUAUGCUGGCCCCUGACCUUCAGUGUGAAUUUGAUAUGAAUAUAUCGGCUCUUCUAGUA